CUUUUGAGCCCCUCGUAGUCUCCAUAUCACGUGACAUCAUAAUUCGCCCUCUCUCUCUCUCUCUCUCUCUCCCCGAUGGCGCACCGGCUGCUGAGGGACGCGCAGGCCGACGGAUGGGAGCGCUCCGAUUUCCCCAUCAUCUGCGAGUCCUGCCUGGGCGACAACCCUUACAUCCGAAUGACAAAGGCUGAUUAUGACAAGGAAUGUAAGAUCUGCAAACGGCCUUUCACCGUCUUCAGAUGGAGGCCUGGACGUGAUGCAAGGUACAAGAAGACAGAGAUCUGCCAGACAUGCUGUAAGUUGAAGAACGUCUGCCAGGUGUGUGUCCUUGAUCUUGAAUAUGGUCUACCAGUUCAAGUUCGGGACACUGCCCUCGCUAUCAAUUCUAAUGAUGCCAUCCCAAAGAGUGAUGUGAAUAGAGAGUAUUUUGCUGAAGAACAUGACCGCAGGGCCAGAGCUGGCAUAGAUUACGAAUCUUCGUAUGGAAAAGUGCUUCCAAAUGACACCAUCUUAAAGCUUCAAAGGACAACACCAUACUAUAAAAGAAAUCGAGCCCAUGUUUGUAGUUUCUAUUUGCGUGGUGAAUGCACUCGUGGAGCUGAAUGUCCAUAUCGACAUGAGAUGCCUGAAAUUGGUGAAUUAUCUCAGCAGAAUAUAAAGGAUAGAUAUUAUGGAGUGAAUGACCCUGUUGCUCAGAAGCUUUUAAGCAAGGCUGGUGAGAUGCCUUCUCUAAAUCCCCCAGAAGAUGAGAGUAUAAAGACCCUAUAUGUUGGUGGCCUAGAUGCCCGUAUUUCCGAGCAGGAUCUGAGGGACCACUUCUAUGCCCAUGGUGAGAUCGAAUCCAUCAGGAUGGUGCUCCAGCGAGCAUGUGCAUUUGUAACUUACACAACAAGAGAUGCUGCUGAAAAAGCCGCAGAGGAACUUGCUAACAAGCUUGUCAUAAAGGGUCUCCGAUUAAAGCUGAUGUGGGGAAGACCACAGGCCUCAAAACCAGAGGGAGAGGCACAGGAUGAAGAUGCUGGAAGACAGGGGGUUGUCACACAUGCCGGGCUGCUUCCAAGGGCUGUCAUAUCUCAGCAGCAGAGCAACCAUCAGCCGCUACCACCUGGCACCGAGAACCACCAGCAGCCUCCCCUCAACUACUUCAACAUUCCCGCGCCACCGCAAGCUGCACGGACAUUCUACCCAUCCACCGAUCCUCAAAGAAUGGGCGCGCUAGUCCCAACACAAGAAGGUAGCAACAACAAAAGCGGGUCGGAGAAGCAGCCAGAGCAGCAAGCACCAAAUCUUCACGGGCAUGCUUUUCCCAUGGCUCCUCCACAUCCCCAAGGGAGUCAGUACCGGCCGCCAUAUUAUCCACCAUAUGGGUACAUGGCCCCACUGCCACCGCCAUAUCAGCAGUACCCUCCAUACCCACCGAUGAUGGCUCCACGACCGCCACCACCAUCUGCACCGCAACCUGCAGUGCAGCAGUACACUCAAGGCCCUCCCGGACCAUCUUAGAGUUGACAUCCCUUUGUUUGUGAAUCUUGUUCUUCUUCUUCUAGAUCACUGUCGAUGAAGGAUUCAAAUGGAAUAUGAACUUGUAUUGAGCUUAAGUGCAGUGUGCAUCAAGAAGGUUUUUGA